UCUCUUCAAACUCACAUCCAUGAAUUUAUUCCAAAUUUUAUCCGAAUUCAAGGCACCCUAAAUUAGUAAAAGUUCCGAUAUAAAAGUGUGCACAGUCUUUCUCUAUUGAUAUAAAUCUACAUCCUGCUCUCUCUGAGUACAUACAGAUAUAUAUUGAACUUCAAAAACAAUUUUUUUUUAUUUAUAAUAUAUCUUUUUUAGUUCUUGUAUAGUGAAUUUUUACAUCUUGGAGAAGUGAAGAUGACGAGUAGCGAUGGCAAGUUCAAAUCGAAACUCACCCUUUAUGUUGUAUCAUGUUGGAUUCUUGCAGCCUUUGGAGGCCUAAUGUUUGGUUACGAUAUUGGAAUUUCAGGGGGUGUGAGUGCAAUGGAUGACUUCUUGAUAAAAUUCUUUCCAUUGGUUCAUGAGAGGAAACUUCAUGCACUGGAAAACAAUUACUGCAAAUAUGAUGAUCAGUUGCUUCAGCUAUUCACAUCAUCACUGUACCUUGCUGCUCUGAUUGCGAGCUUUGGUGCUUCGAAGGCUUGCAGUGCUUUUGGUCGAAAACCCACAAUUCUAGUUGCUUCUACCUUCUUCAUGGCCGGUGCUCUUCUCAGUGCCGCCGCUCAGGAUACGUGGAUGCUCAUUAUUGGCAGGAUUCUUUUCGGCAUUGGUGUUGGAUUUGGCAAUGAGGCAGUUCCAUUGUUCUUAUCAGAGGUAGCACCAGUGGAACACAGAGGAGCCGUAAACAUCCUCUUCCAACUCUUCGUAACCAUAGGAAUCCUCUUUGCCAGUCUCGUAAACUAUGCCACUUCAUCUAUUCACCCCAACGGCUGGCGAGUCUCUCUAGGCCUCGCCGGCACUCCAGCCUUAGUCCUCUUCAUCGGCUCCCUAGUCAUCACUGAAACUCCAACCAGCCUCAUUGAGCGAGGCAACGACAUGGCAGGCCGAGCAGCCUUGAGAAAGAUCCGAGGCAUUGAUGAAGUCGAUGCCGAGUUCGACCAGAUAAGACAGGCUUGCGAGGAAGCUAAAUUGAUCAAACACCCAUUCAAGAAGUUGAUGAAGCGGUCGAGCAUGCCUCCGCUGAUAAUCGGAGUCAUGAUGCAAGUGUUCCAGCAGUUUACUGGGAUUAAUGCAAUUAUGUUCUAUGCACCAGUUUUGUUUCAGACUGUUGGGUUUAAAAAUGAUGCUUCAUUGUUGUCUGCUGUUAUUACUGGGAUUGUGAAUGUUUUGAGUACUUUUGUGUCCAUUUAUGCUGUGGAUAAGCUUGGAAGGAGGAAGUUGCUUCUUCAAGCUUGUGUUCAGAUGUUCGUCUGCCAGGUAGCAAUUGCAGGGAUUUUACUAGGUCACCUAAAAACAACAGGUACUCUAGACAGAGGCCUUGCAGCUGUUGUGGUGGUACUGGUUUGUUUGUUUGUUAUGUCGUUCGCGUGGUCAUGGGGACCUCUCGGUUGGUUGAUACCUAGUGAAAUAUUCCCCGUUGAGACAAGAACUGCAGGCUUCGCGUUUGCUGUCAGCUCCAACAUGCUCUUCACUUUCAUCAUAGCUCAAGCAUUCUUGUCAAUGCUAUGCCACAUGCAAGCGUACAUAUUCCUCUUCUUCUCGGCUUGGAUUUUGGUCAUGGGACUUUUCGUGAUGUUCCUAUUGCCAGAGACAAAGGGUGUCCCCAUAGAUGUCAUGAAUGAGAGGGUCUGGAAGCAACAUCCAGUUUGGAGGAAGUUCAUGGACGAUGACGGUCCAAGAAGCCAAAAUAUGCCCUAAAUCUAUAUAUUCAUAUGAUCCGCCCUUUCGGAUUUUCCUUUCAUGGAAAUGAAUAAGUUUGGGAACACAGAAAAUGGAACCAGACACAGAAUUAUUGUGGACUGACAAGAUUUUGUGAAGCAGAAGACUCUAUCUUGUCUAUUCAUGAGUAUUUUGUGUUUGUUUUGUUGUUUAGUUUCUGUGUUACUGGUAAAAUUGCAUGGAAGUAGUUGUUCAUACGAAAUCUUCAGAGUAUGAUUCAACUGAAAAUACUUCAGACGCAGUUAGUUCAAUUGUUGGAAAUUUAAAUUUUGUAUAAAAAGAAUCAAAAAAAGAAAAAAAGAAAAGAAAGAUUAUAUACAGAUUCAAAGGCAGGGCCUUUGUAUUGUAUACGGAUUUUGUUGGUUGACUGAGGCCAAUUGUUAUUGCUUCUUUCAGCUAAUUUACUUGAGGAUUUGUAAGGAAUAAUGUUAUACAAAUAAAAUUUUUA